AUGUGUGAAAAGGUUAAUGCAUAUGGAUGGUGUGGUAGGGGCAUGAACUUGGUGGGCGUUGUGAGGGCUCAUUUUGGGAGACAACAAAGCGGCAUUAGUAGCCAUUUGUCUGGGCAAAAGAAGCCAACCCCAAGGAUUGGGAAUCAUUAUGUAAAGGUGAAUGUUCCACGAUUUCGUAAGGAAUUAAGAAAGAAAAUAGAAAAUGCAAAAGGAAUUCGGAGCAUUGAUAAUGGUUGGUUGUAUAUAGAAUCUUUACCCUCCUAA